GAAAAAGAAGCGGCCGCAGCAGCCCGCGAGGAAACACCCGAGCAAGAGGCAGCACCGCAGAAGGAGGAGAUUCAGGUUGCGGCCGAUCAUGCGUCUAAAAUGGCUGCAAAAUGGGAGAAGAUCCAGAAGAAGGAGCAGAAGAAAGCUGAAAAGAGCAAAAUGCAACAUAAAGCAAACGUACACGCAUUUUCACAAGCUCAAAUCAACGAUGGAUGUUUUCCGUUAAUCGAAUGUUGA